AUGAAGAUUCAUCUCUUUUUCUUUAUUCUGCUCUUUUGGGUCACAAUUUUACCAGCCACAAAGAAAUAUCCCCAAUAUGGUAGCUUGGAUUUGAGGAGACAGUGCAGAAAGGGUAAUGGCCGAUGUAGACUUGAGUGCCAUGAAAGUGAAAUUAGAAUUGCUUUCUGCAUGCGACCUGCAACUCAUUGCUGCUUGCAGAAGUAA